UCAAACUCGUGGUAAGGGUGAAGUUCAAGACAAAUGCAAUCACCUAGAACUAUUGUUAUUUAGUAAUCGAUAGUCACUUUUCGUUUCGGUUUGUUUCGAGAUAGUAAAUGAAGAACUUAUAAACAGGGUUUCGCGUAGAUUAUGUUUAUCGCCGGAGUGAAUUCAGUCGCGUUCCGAGAUCGGCGCAGAGACAUUGUGUGUGAAUCAUUGUGAAUAUUUCAAGUCAUGGGGUCGGCCAGUGAGCAGGGCAUGUCCGGCUCGGAGAUGACAACGAUGUCCGGGGUACGUACGGAGCGGGUGGCCCGGACGGCAACCGUGUACACAAUUAAGAUCGCCCCGAAGUUCGCCUCGGUCACGGAGAAUGCUGAGCCGGUAAAGGCGUACUCAUGCCUUUACGUGUUCUUAAGGCUCUCGUGCGCGUUCGCCGCGCUCUCGCUGGUGUUAUGUACUGCGCUGAUACUCUUCUUUUCGCUCUUGUUCAAGAGGGGCGAGCUCAACAUCGUCGACAAAGCCCCUCAUGAGUGGAACAUCACCCGUGAAGAUUGGCAGGCGCGCGACCACUCAGACAACACCACGGUGACACGAUUCGCGCCGCUCAAGCUGGUGGUGGUGCAACACACCGUCGGCCUCGAAUGCCACCGGUUCACCAACUGCGCCGCGGUGCUGCGGAGCUUGCAGAGGUACUACUUGGAGUCGAAGGAUCUUGGCUACGAUAUACCGUACAAUUUUUUGAUCGGAAACGACGGGCGCGUGUAUCAAGGCCGCGGUUGGAACCGAGAGGGCGCGCACACAUAUGGCUACAAUCGCUGCUCUCUCGGCGUCGCUUUUAUAGGAAACUACAGUGAAGAGCUGCCAAUCCAAAGCCGCGUGAGCGACCUGCAGCUGCUGCGGUUCAACAUGCUGCUGGAAGACGGCGUGAUCAUGGGCUUCCUCCGCCCUGACUACUCAAUCCUGCCAGCUAUGGACCUCCGCGAAACCACGAGCCCCGGAAGCAACCUCUACCGGGCUUUACAGAACUUGGAUCACUACGAAAGAACCCAUAGCUUUAGGGGUAUGAACUGUGAGGCCAUAUACAAUAAAUUAGGUUUACCAUAUCAUUUAUGAAUUAGUUUGAUAAUAAAUGACUUUUUGUA